AUGCCACCAGCUGCUAUCUCCCCGCCAGCCAGCCCACGCCUUCAAAGCAACGGUGAUCUGUCCAGGUACAAGGGCUACGACCAUGUGCACUGGUACGUGGGCAAUGCCAAACAAGCUGCCGCCUACUACACGGCCCGCAUGGGCUUCGAGAGGAUCGCAUAUCGAGGUCUAGAAACGGGCUCCAAAGCUGUUGCCUCCCACGUCGUCGGCAACGGCAAUAUCACCUUCGUGCUCACCUCGCCCCUGAGAUCGCUGGACCACCUGUCCCAGUUCAGCGAAGAUGAUCAGGCGCUGUUGACGGAGAUUCACUCGCACCUGGAAAAGCACGGGGACGGCGUCAAGGAUGUUGCGUUCGAAGUCGACGAUGUCGAGGCUGUUUUCAACGCUGCGGUGCGGAACGGGGCGACGGUUGUUUCGGGCAUCAAGACCCUGGAGGACGGCCAGGGUGUGGUCAAAAUGGCAACCAUACAAACAUACGGCGAGACGACGCAUACUCUAAUCGAAAGGACAGGUUAUUCGGGCGUAUUCUUGCCGGGAUAUCGACAGGAGACUGCAGAGGAUCCCCUUUCGAAACAUCUGCCCCCAGUCCCACUCUUGCACGUUGACCAUUGCGUUGGCAAUCAGGAUUGGAAUGAGAUGGACAAAGUUUGUGAAUAUUAUGAGAAAGUCCUCGGCUUCCACCGGUUCUGGUCUGUCGACGACAAGGAUAUCUUCACUGAAUUCUCCGCCCUAAAGUCCGUCGUCAUGGCAUCUCCAAACGAGCUGGUAAAGAUGCCCAUAAACGAGCCUGCGAAAGGCAAGAAACAAUCCCAAAUCGAGGAAUAUGUCAACUUCUACAACGGGGCGGGCGUCCAACACAUCGCGCUCCGCUCGGACGAUAUCAUCCGUGACAUCACGAAUCUGAAAGCCCGCGGAGUGGAGUUCAUCAAGGUCCCCGAGACGUAUUACGAGGAUAUGAAGGCGAGAUUGGAGAAGGGGGGCAUGAAGUUGGAGGAAGACUUUGAGACGCUGAAAAGUCUAGAUAUUCUUAUUGAUUUUGAUGAAGGGGGUUAUCUGUUGCAGUUGUUCACGAAGCACCUCAUGGACCGUCCGACCGUCUUCGUUGAAAUCAUCCAACGCCACAACUUCUCCGGCUUUGGCGCGGGGAAUUUCAAAUCCCUCUUCGAGGCCAUUGAGCGCGAGCAGGCACUGCGUGGUAAUCUGAUUUAA